GUCCCAAAUAUCACCGCCAUGCAGAACUGCUGAGAGUGUUGUUGCGACGACGGCUCAAGGCCGUGCUUCGUGCAGAGUCUGCGCAGCAAGCGGCAGACUUCCGUUCCUUGGUCGGCUGCAGAGCUUGUGAAGUCUUUGCCGUGGGCAAAGAGCUUUUCCUGCUAUUUGGCAUACGCUGGGACGAACAACGGAGGGGAGGCGGCUUGCGCUUCCAUUUCGGUCAUGGAGGGGGCUACAUGGUGGAGCAGAAGCCCUCCCAUGGUGAUGUUGUCCGGUGGGGCCCCAAGUCUCCCGGAGGAGGUCAUUGCAAGCAUGGCUCCGCAGCAGUUGUCCUCGAGUUUUCAGAAGCAGAAGAAGCUGAGACUGACAAAGCUGAGACUGUCUCUGAUUCCGCAUCCUCGACUGACCCUCGAACCGGCCUGCGACUGUUGCUGUGGAGCGACUUGGGAAGCUCUUUCAGUUUAGCUCCUCCGGAAUAUGUCCAUGCCGUGGAGGCUCGCAGUGCCUUUGACAUCAAUGCAGACCGAGACAAGCGCUUUGCUCUCGAUGACGCCAUUCGCAUGUUUCAGGCAUCUGAAGAGCUCAUCGUUGAUUUCAUCAUGGAUCAGUCGCGCUUGCCCGGGGUGGGCAACAUCAUCAAGUGCGAAGGCUUGUUUAUGGCAGGUAUUUUCCCUCUUCGACGUGCAAGCGAGCUGACUGACACGGAGUGGCGAGGCUUGCUGGAGGAGCUGUACCACUUUUCGGAUCUCUGGUAUAAACACUGCCAGAGAUCCGAGGAUGGGCAGAACAUGGGCUGCUGUCACCUUAUGCGAAUCUAUGGCCACAAGGUGUGCUCUCGUUGCAGCUGCCCUGUUAGCCUGAUAAAGGAAGGGCGAAGACAGCGCAUAACGUACUUUUGUCCACACUGCCAGCCCAUUCCGAAUUUUCGGCUUACCACAGAGCGUGCACAUCGUCAGGAACUGGCCCUCCAGCUACCACUCUGCAUGUGUGGGAUUCCACCAGUCCUUUUACAGGUUCGAGCGGGCAACUAUGCAGGAUAUGGGGAGGACCGACGUCCUUACCUCUCCUGCCAGAGGCGGAGGGGAAGUAGCUACGAUGACGGAGGUUGCGGGAUCCCCGGUCCCUGGGAUGGCUGUGGCUUCCAUGCCUGGUUGGACGAAGUUGCUGAGCUUCCGGCUUGUUACUGCCAGAAGCCUGCCUUACUGAGGCGGGUCAUGAGUGUCUCGAAGGAGAAUGGCCGAUAUUUCCUCCGCUGCGCCUCUCGAUCUUGUAAGUUUCGCUGCUGGUUGAAGUUGGCGGAGGACACUUGUGCUGAAGCCACUCGUAACAGCUCCGGGCGUUGGAGGCGACAUGCGGCAACCCACACGUCUGAUGGAGGUAGCUCAAGUCACCCAGAAACAUCUUCAAGUGAGAAGGACUCGCAGCCUUUGUAA